UUAAACAUACCAUCUAACAAAAAUAUUUGGUUUCAGAUUAUCUUCUACGAGGACAGGAACUUUCAGGGCCGUUCCUAUGAGUGCAGCAGCGACUGUGCUGACCUGUACUCUCAUUUCAGCCGCUGCAACUCCAUCCAGGUAGAAAGUGGUUACUGGAUGGUGUAUGAACGGCCAAACUUUAUGGGUUACCAGUAUUAUCUCCAUAGAGGGGAGUACCCAGAUUAUCAGUGGUGGAUGGGUUUUAAUGACUGUGUCAGAUCUUGUCGUAUGAUACCUCAGCAACAAGGAUCUCAUAGAAUAAGGAUCUAUGAGCGUUCUGAAUUUGGUGGACAGAUGAUGGAGUUUAAUGAAGACUGUCCAUCUGUUUAUGAUCGCUUCCACUACAAUGACAUCCAUUCCUGCAACGUGCUUGAAGGAUACUGGCUGUUCUAUGAGCAUCCCAAUUACAGAGGCAGACAGUAUCUGCUGAGACCUGGUGAAUACAGAAGAUACAAUGAGUGGGGCGCCAUAACCCCAAGAAUUGGUUCCUUCAAGCGCAUUGUCCACUCAAACUGA